AUGCUUCCUAUCACUUCGCCUAUUCCACACGAUAGUCCUCUUGCUCCUCCUCCUCCGCCUGCUUCUGAUGUUUCAGCACAGGAUAAGGCAGAGUCAGCAGCAGCAGCGAAGGAAAAGGCAGAAGAGGAGGAAGGGCCGCCUCACAAAGCAGACGAGGGGGAGGGUGAAUCCCCGAGUCCCAUUCCACGUAUGCACGUGGGCGUGCCUCUUCCCAUCCAGCCAGGCUCUUCCCUGCCCUCCCUCAAGGCCAAACCCUCUUUGCUACAGAAACCAGUCGUGCCAGCUGCGCAACCACAGGGCCUGCAGUCGACCUUUGAGGCGCCCCAAAAGGCGCAACCGCAGGGCCAGCAGUCGACCGGAGCGGCUCAUUCUGUGGCAUCGAGAGAGUUCAAGGAAGGGUUAGGGUCGCACUAUUUUACCCAGCAGCCACACGUGUUCAAGACAACCGUGGCUGUGGCUUUUGUGCCUCCUCGCCCUGCUGCUGCUGCUCCUGCUGCUGCUGCUCCGGCUGCUCCGGCUGCUGCUGCUGCAGCUGCUCCCCCUGCAGCUGCUCCCCCUGCCGUUCCUGCACCCACUGCUCCCCCUGCUCCCCGUGCUCCCCUUGCUCCUCUUGCUCCUGCUGCUGCUCUUGAAUCUCCUGCUUCGGUUUCCGAGCCUAGCACGGACCAAGCAACAGCAGCACUUUCCAAGCCUCAGUUACCGAGCCUCGACAUACCCAAGCCUGCGAAUGAUGUUCGGCAGGCAAAGGCCUCUUUCAUUGACCAAUCUGACGACAUGCCUGUGCUCCAGGCUCGGCCCAAGCCUGUCAGGCCCGGGAGUAGUUCGGGCGAAGCUCAGCCAUUGAGCCCUAGUGUUUUGUCCUCCAGACCUGUUCGAGUGUUUAGACCACUGGGAACACCUAGGGAGGACGCUUAUAUGGAACGUGCUAAUAACGGAGCAGCAGCUCAGGGUAGGGUACCUGCUCCAGUGCACGUUGAGCCUACCGGGGGUGUUUAUAGUGAAGGCCACGUGGCAGGACUGGCGAGCAAGGGAAUAGAGGGAAGAAGAGUAGGAGGGACGAGUGAGGGAGAGGAGCAAAUGGGAGUGGAGGGGAGUGAGAGAGGGAGGGUGGGUUAUAGUGUGACUAGGGAAGAGGGAGAGAAGGGGAAAGUGGUUGUUGCCGGAGGGAGGAGGUGGAGGAGGGAAGGAGGAGUGUGGAAGGAGGGGGUAGCCGGAGAAGCAGAGGAAGGAAGGGAUGUAAGAGAGGAGGGGAGGGAGCAGAGAGGAGACAGUGUUGCAGGCAUGGUCAGAGCAGGCACAGUGACAGGCACAGUGACAGGCAGAGUGACAGCUACAGUGACAGGUACAGUGACAAGCCUGGUAGCAGAAGGCACGGAGGCAGAAACGGGGAUCAGAGGAGCGGAACGGGUAAGAGAGGAGGGGUUGAGAGCAGGGGAGGGGGUGAGACGGCCAGAAUGGGUGAGCGAGCAAGAAGGACUGAGGAGGAAGAGAGGAGGAGCAGAAAGGGGUGCAACAGGCAGAGGUGCCGCUGCUGCUGCUGCUGCUGCUGCUGCUGCUACUGCUACUUCUACCAUUCCAAAAUCAGCUUUCUCAAAAUCUGCUUCGUCCAAAUCAGGCCGUUUCAAAUCGGCGGUUUCAAAAGCAGCAGCAGCAGCUGCUAUGUCUAAAACGGGGAUAUCAGGAGCAGAGAAGAGAGAGCACAGGAGGACGAGUAAGGCAGAGAGGAGAGCAGCCAGAGAAGCAGCAGCUAACGCAUCUGCCCCCACUCGAGCCGAGAUAAUCGAAGUGGGAAAAGCAGGAAUGGCAGUUAAAGACCUAGCGGGCCUUCUAGCGGUCGGCGAGGGGGACAUAGUGCGCGCACUGUUCAUGAAGGGCGUUAUAACGAACGUGAAUCAGGUUCUUAACGAGGAUAUGGUGGCGGUGGUGUGCGGGGAGUAUGGGGUGGAAGUGCUGGGGCCGCAGGAGGGCGGCGUGGAGGAAAGUGCGAGGAAGGUUCGUGAGUUUGUGGGGGAGGAAGAUCGGGAGCAUCUGGUGCCGCGGCCGCCUGUUGUGACUGUGAUGGGACACGUGGACCAUGGCAAGGUGAGCUCUUAUGUUCUAUGGGACACGUACGUUCACUUCACCAUGAAGCAUCUGGUGCCGCGGCCACCUGUUGUGACGGUGAUGGGUCACGUGGACCAUGGGAAGGUGAGUGAGACACACGAGGUAACCUCUUUUGAGUUGACUCAAGUAUCGCCUCCAGAGGAGGAUCGGGAGCAUCUGGUGCCACGGCCGCCUGUUGUGACUGUGAUGGGACAUGUGGACCAUGGCAAGGUGAGCCACGUGGACCAUGGCAAGGUGAGCCACGUGGACAAUGGCAAGGUGAGCCACGUGGACAAUGGCAAGGCAUCUGGUGCAGCGGCCGCCUGUUGUGACUGUGAUGGGUCACGUGGACCAUGGGAAGGUGAGCCCUUAUGCAUUCUAUGGGACAAGGGGAGCAUGGGGUAUCUGGUGCCGCGGCCACCUGUUGUGACUGUGAUGGGACACGUGGACCAUGGCAAGACGUCACUACUAGACUACAUUCGCCACACCAAGGUGGCAGCAGGGGAGGCAGGGGGAAUCACUCAGGCCAUCGGCGCUUACCGCGUGCACGUGCCCUCUGCUGCUCUUGCUGCUGCUGAUGGUGCUGCUGCGAAUGGUGCUACUCGUGGUGCUGGUGGUGAUGACGCUGCUGCUGCUGAGAGGGCUGCAGCGGAGACUUGUGUUUUCCUCGACACACCGGGGCAUGAGGCCUUUAGCGCUAUGAGAGCAAGGGGAGCACGCGUGACAGACAUAGCAGUGGUGGUGGUGGCAGCAGACGAUGGGGUUAUGCCGCAGACCACAGAGGCAAUUGCCCAUGCGCGGGCUGCCAACGUUCCAAUGCUCAUUGCCAUCAACAAGAUUGAUCGUGAGGGCGCGAGUGUGGAGAGGGUGAAGCAGCAGCUGGGGCAAGCUGGAGUGCUGCCAGAGGAAUGGGGAGGAGACAACCCCAUGGUGCCGGUGAGCGCCAAGACAGGAGAGGGCGUGGAUCAGCUCCUAGAGACGAUCAUGCUGUUGGCUGAGUUACAGGAUCUUCGUGCCAAUCCGAAUAGGCCAGCAGUGGGGACGGUGAUAGAGGCGAGAUUGGACCGGCACAGAGGGCCUGUGGCAACGCUGCUGGUGCAGAACGGGACGUUGAAGCUGGGCGACGUGGUUGUUUGUGGGGAGGCAUACGGCAAGGUUCGAGCCCUGGUGAACAACGUGGGAAAGAAGGCACGGGAAGCAGGCCCCUCAGCAGCAGUGCAGGUAGAAGGUCUUUCUCGCGUUCCAGUGGCAGGGGACGAGUUCCUCGUGCUGCCGUGCAUUGAUGCAGCCAGGGCGAUGGCAGAAGAAGCUGCUGAGAAGGCGCGGGCCGCUCGGCUGGCAGCGAUGCAGGGAGAGGCGAAAGGGUCUGUGGAGGCGAUCAGGGAGGCUUUAAGUGCUUUGCCUCAGGACACCGUGUCUCUGCGCUUCCUGCUGCAGGCCCCUGGUGACGUGUCAAGCAGUGAUGUUGACCUGGCAGCAUCCAGCUCAGCGGUCGUGCUGGCGUUCAACGUGGGCGUGUCGCCAGCUGUCGCAGCAGCGGCGGAUAUGAGGGGCGUGCGAGUGAGGCAGCACCGGGUGAUCUACGAUGUGGUGGAGGAGGUUCGAGCGAUUAUGGAGGGGCUGCUACACACUGUAGAGGAGAGUUCUUUCCUCGGCCGGGCAGAAGUGCGGGCAGUUUUUGGCACGGGCAGCACGCGGGUGGCAGGAGUUAUGGUGACAGAGGGGCGGCUGCAAAAGGGAUGCACCAUUGUUGUGAGGCGUGGUGGGGGGAGGGGUGGCAGUGGGAGGGGAGGGGGUGCUGGUGCAAUGGCGGCUGAGCAAGAGAAAGGCAAGAGCGUGAAGGGGAAGAGAGAGAAGGCGGGUGAAGCAACGGGAAUUAAGCAGCAGCAGCAGCAGCAGCUGCAACAGCAUUUGGAGGGUCGUUGGGUGCAUUCAGGGCAGGUGACUUCUCUUCGGCGGGUGAAGGAGCAUGUGGGGGAGGUGGUAUCUGGGCUGGAGUGUGGUGUGGGUGUGGAGGGCUUCAAUGGGUGGCAGCAGGGUGACUAUAUCGAAGCCUAUGAGGUGACGCAUAGGGCUCGGACACUGGAGGAUGCGUCUAAGGAGAUUGCACGAGUGGUGGAAGGCAAAAGAGGGACCCAGGGAAUGGAUAUGUCAUAG